AUGGGGAGCUACACCUUCAAAUGGCCAUACGAUGCAAACGAGGUGUUUGUGACGGGCACGUUUGACGACUGGGGCAAGACCGUGAGACUGGACCGGAUCGGCGACGGGUUUGAGAAGGAAGUCUCGCUGCCUCCGACGGACGAGAAGGUGCUCUACAAGUUCGUUGUGGACGGCAUCUGGACCACCGACAACCAAGUCUCAGAGGAAGACGACGGCAGUAAUAACAUAAACAACGUUCUCUAUCCUGAUCAGAUUCAAACUGAACCUUCCAUCGAUCUCCAGAACGGCGUCGCAGCUAUGUCCGGCGUCACCCCCGACUCCACCACCGCUGCACUGGCAGCCGGUAUUCCCAAAGAGUCCAGCAGCAAGCAGAACGGAUACUAUCCCACCAUCUCGUCGGCUGCCCCGGGAUCAACCACGGCUGGACUUGGCCAGGAUGUGCCUCUGGAGCAGAGGGCUAAUGUCCCGGGAUCAUAUCCAGCGACUCCCGCCACCGAGGCUCAGAAGUUCUCCGUGAACCCAAUUCCGGCCUCCAGCGGUAUCGGCAACCCGAUCAAGCUCAACCCGGGCGAAAAGGUGCCUGACCCCAACACUUUCAACCCCAACACGCUCUCCUCGACUGUACGGACCGACAAGGCCGGUUAUGACCAGGGUGCCAGUGCUUCUGCCUUGGCAGGAAGCUCGACCCAGGGAGACGACGCUUUUUCGGUCCCUCCCGUGUCCAAGAACAUGAUCCCCGAGUCCAGUCUCCCAAUGGGUGAAGGCGCGGGGGCUACGGAUCCUACUAGCUACACAAUUCAGUCGGCAGCCCCCACGUCCACGACUGCUGGGCUUGCGGCGGCAGUUCCCCUGGAAUCUCAGAAACAGACAACCAGCGCACUUCCUGCUCGAGAUGUCCCGGAUGUGGUGAAGCAGUCCAUCUCCGAAGCCCACAAGGACCCGGAGGCGGCUGCCAAUGAAGAGGUCGUCGAGGAGAAGAAGGAGAUGGAAUCGGAGCUGCAGCACAAGGUUCAUCUAGACAACUCCGCCGGCACGCCGGCGCCCGCUCUGACUGCUGCCACUACGGACACUGCCCCGCGGGCGACGGGUGCGGAACCUGCGUCGGCUCCGAUCUCCCCUCGGGCCACUCCCGCUGACAAGCCAACGGUGACCACCGGGGUUGGUGCAGCUCAGGUGCCUGAAGUGUCUGGUCCCGGGGAGACGGAGCCCAGCGCGGCGAAGUCUGUUGACUCGGGAGUUGGGAGCGGUACCACCGAUGACAAGACCGUCCCGCCUGUCGGCGCCACCGAUGCCAGCGCGGCGAAGACUGCGGAGCCCAAGCAGGCCAGCGGACCGACUGCAGGUGCAGGUGCAGGUGCAGGUGCUGCGGGAGCUGCGUCGAAGCCGGCUGCGAGCAACAAUGGGGCAGCGAACGGCAAAGAGCAGAAAAAGAAGAAGAAGGGGUUCUUUGCGCGACUGAAGGAGAAGUUGAAAUAG